AUGCCUGAGACGACCGGCACUUCGCCCUCCAGCGGCGACAACACGUCCGCCCAGCCAAAGUCUGGUUUCUGGGCCGAGAUCGAGUCCCUCAAGACGCCCGCGGUCAAGGACGUCGCCCCCGCGCCCAAGGUCGGAUCACCCGCGCCGUCCACGGCUCAGAUACCCCUGCCCGACGGCCGCAAGACCCUUGUCGUCUUCCUCCGCCACUGCGGCUGCCCGUUCGCCGAAAAGACAUUCAAGUCCCUCACUGCAAUCUCGGACCAGCACAAGGACGACCUGCACUGCGUCGCCGUCUCGCACUCGUCCGCCGAGGCCACCGAGCGCUGGGUGCCUCAGGUCGGCGGCGCGUGGCAGACUGACGUUGUCGUCGACGAGGGCCGCGACGUCUACGCCAAAUGGGGCCUUGGCCUCUCGAGUGCGUGGCAUGCCUUCAACCCUUUUGCUCUCUACUCCGUCUAUCGUCUUGGUGCCGACGAGGGCAUCUGGAACAGGCCCACCGAGAGCGGCAGCCGCUGGCAGACCAGCGGUGCCUUUGCUGUCGACGCCGACGGCACUAUCCGCUGGGCGCAUGUCUCUAGUGCCGCGAAUGACCUCCCCGACUUCAACGCGGCGCUCGAUGCUCUUGGUAUCGAGCCCAAGGAUGAGCAGCACGAUAAGCAUGAGAAGCACCACCACCACCACCACCACAAGUAG